AUGGGCAAGCAAACCGUCGUUCAGGCAGUUGCCGCUGCGGUCCUGAUAUUCAUCUUACUCUCUAUAUUGGGUAUAAGCAUAGCGGUACUUGUCGAGGUUGUGAACAUCUACAAUAGCAGGAAUAACAAUAGUAACAACACUAAUCCCAUAAAUCCCCUGAAACCAGUAAAUCCUCUCAACAUUCAAAAUCCUUUGCAAGUAGUACCUGGAGAUGCUCGAUACUCAGGUUACGAAAGCGCCACAAGCUUAUUUAAAGCAUCGCUGAACUCUAGUGUCGAUCCAUGCAACGACUUUUAUCAGUACACAUGUGGAAAUUUCAACGGAGAUAUGAGCUUCGAUGUGUCCGAUAUGAAUAAUGCUAUUGCCAUGGCUGAACAGAUGAACAAUCUUACAUAUGUUAACAGUUCGCCGGAUCCAGUCAAACAAGUCACAUGGUACUAUAUGCAAUGCUCAACGGCCAGAAUGGAUUGGACAGCAGCCAACAGUAAUGGAAAGUAUGUGAUGGAUGCUAUCAAUCGUAUAGCUGCAGGAGAGCAAGGAUUUAUCGAGACCCAAUUUCCAUUUUAUAUGUUGUAUCAAGACGUGGGUGUGAAAGAUUUUCCAACAAGAAUUGGAAUGGGCUACUUGCUUGGAUAUCCCGCGGGUUGGGAGGGCGUUGCCACUCUGGUCACACCCUUCGUUGACACCAACUGGAAGGACCCUCAUGGUUCCAAUGGAUAUGCAUACUAUUUGGAUCAACCAACCACUUUGCUACCGUAUACCUACCAUGUCAACGCCUGGAGUCUCUAUCAACAAUCAAUGGUCAACAGCAUAGUCACUACCAUGAAUCUACUAGCAUCAACUCAGAAAAGGUUACUGGACCAAGGUCAACUACUCCAAGAUGCUAAGGAUAUCGUAGCUUUAGACCAUCUCCUUGCUUUGACCUACAGCACUGACGACACCACACGACGUCAGUUUGACCGCAGUUACAAUCCGAUGACUAUCAAGCAAUUGUCUCAAACUUAUGGAAACAUCAGUUGGCACACUCUGAUACCUGAGUCUGUUGGCACAGCACAAAAUGUCCAAAGCAGAUUACUGAGCGAUCCAAAUUACAAGUAUAUCGUGAUGGAGCCACUGAAGCUGCAAAUGCUUAAUGAUAUGCUUGGCGAUCCCAAAUUCGUCUCGCCAAGAACUCUCAUCAACUACAUUUAUUAUGCAGUUGUGGAUGCUAACGCAGAUUUUCUGCCAUGGCCUCCUCAGCAAAGCUCAAAAAGUAUGGCGCGUUUCCACAUGAGCCGUCCACCUAUUGGAAAGCCAAGACGGAUCAGACCAGAAAAAAGACGAUUUGAGAGGAGGCAAUACGACGAGUUGGUUGCGUCUCAAGUAGACUGUGCAUCGGAGACGAUUUUCACAUUGCCGUAUGCCAACGCUCGUGUGUUCAUCGAUAAAAUCUAUCCGACCGCUGCUUCGCGAGCUCAAGUACGAGACAAUGUUGCAAAAAUUGCCUCUAGCAUUCUUAUUGGUUUUCGCUCAAUGAUCGAUCAGCUCAACUGGAUGACAUCAGCUUCGAAGUCAGGAGCCUAUAAUAAAAUUGAAAAUCUUGUCAAAAAUAUCGCUUACCCGGAUUGGAUCACUGACGAUGCGCAGUUCACCACCUAUCAUCAUGAACUGGGCGUGUCUGUCAAUGUGGACGACUAUUUCACCAUGGUCAGAAAAGUGCAACUUUUCAAUACGUAUCAAUCUUGGAUCUCGCUACUCGGGGGACCAGCAAAUCGUAUCGACUUCAACGGUCCACCUGGUACAACGAAUGCUUGGUAUCAGCCGGAGCUGAAUUCGAUCACCUUCCCAGCUGCAAUUCUUCACAAGCCAUUCUAUGACCCAACAUGGCCAACAGCUGUAAAUUUUGGAGCCAUGGGAGUCAUUGCUGGUCACGAGCUCACCCAUGGUUUUGACGAUCAAGGAGUCCAAUGGGAUGGCACGGGUGUACUUAGCCCAUGGAUGGACAACUCUUCCAAAACCGGAUUCAACAACAUGGCCAACUGCGUGGUCAACGAGUACAACGGCUUCUGUCCUUUAAAUAAGACAGUUUACGGUAGCGCAUCUUGUAUCAAUGGAGCACAAACCCAAGGAGAGAAUAUUGCGGACAACGGAGGCAUUCACGCAGCUUACCGGGCAUACAGGAACUUCAUCAAUCUUUAUGGUCCGGAUCCACAGUUGCCCGAUGAGCUCUUACAAGAGUUCACCGCUGAUCAGCUUUUCUUUUUGAGUUUUGCUCAGAUCUGGUGCCAAGAACCGUAUCCUGACAGUACCGAAAUGAGACAAAUACUUGUUGAUCCCCAUUCUCCAUCACAAUAUCGUGUUUGGGGAACAAUUCAGAAUUUCCCCGCAUUCAAAGAUGCUUUCCACUGCACCACAUCUGCCUAUGCUCCGGACAAACAUUGCGACGUUUGGGUGUCGGAUAUUGAUUCUUCAUAUGGUAAACCGGAGGUCAAAAAUGAGCUGAACAUCGAGACCAACAAGCAGAUCACCACCGCUGACUUUGACAAGUAUAACGCUUACAAAAUGGCUGUGGACUAUUAUCAGUACUCCCUCAAUGCUAGUGCCAAUCCGUGCGAUGACUUCUUCGAGUAUGCUUGUGGCAACUAUGAUAAGCUGGUAUCAUUCCAUUAUGCCGAUGCCAACAACUAUGAGAUCAUGGCUGCCCAACUGAACAGUCCGGCUUAUCAAAGCACCAUAAAUAGCUCCAAAGCCUUGAUGAAAGAAAAAACUUUCUCUGAUGCUUGCAUCGCGGCAAAUAUCAACGCUACCACUACCAACUCAACCCUGGUUUCGAAGGAUUAUCUCAUGGCCCGGGUCAAUCGACUGGCAAAUUAUCUUGGCUCCAGCUUUACCUACUCAUUUGGCGGUAACGUGGCUGCCUUACCCAACAGUAAACAGUUGGCAAAUGCGCUCGCUUAUCUAUCCUUCACGCAGGGCAUCGAUACUUUGGUAACCCCAUUUGUGGACACAAAUUGGAACGAUCCAACAAAAGGCUAUAGAAUGUUUAUGGAUCAGAAUACGGCGUAUAUGAGUAAAACCUACUAUCCGCUCAGCGCCUUCAAAACGAUAGAGGACAAUUAUAUCAAUACCGCCACAAAUGUUAUUGGAAACUUCACCAUGGAACAGGGUGUCCCCUUCAAUAAAACUGCUCUGAGAGACAAAGUUAAAGGCCUUGUUGAAUUCGAGCAGAUGAUUGCUAACAAUUACAGUACUGACGAUGGAACCCGUAGAAAAUAUGCUCGGUCAUGGAAUCUGAUGUCUAUCACGGAUCUUCAGAAUAAUUACGGUUUUAUCGAUUGGCCAACUUAUUUGAGACAGGUACCAGAUGUAGCGCAGAGCGUUGUCCAAAACCCCAAUUUCAUGGUUUCUGUCAUGGAGAAAGAUCAGUAUGCGAGCAUGACCCGAGACUACAAUAGUCUUGACAAGGAGAAGUUGGUGAAUUAUCUCUUUAUGAGACUAUUGCUGUCGAAUACGGAAUAUCUGCCCACAUAUGCUGACAGCUUUGUAGGCAUGCCAGAAGAAUCCUUUGCACUCGGACGAAAACGACGACAUUCUCUACGUAGCAGCAAGAAAGACGCUCUUUCGGAUACACAAGCUGCAUGCGCUCAAACGGCCAACGAUCUCAUGCAGUUUGCUAAUGGACGAGUUUUUAUCGACUACCUCUAUCCUGAUGAUGCAUCGAAGAAGAUGAUAAGGAGGACCGCUGGUGGAUUGAUCUCGAAUGUCAUUCACUCGUUCCAAGGAAUGGUAGAUCAGUUGGAUUGGAUGACUGUUGAUACAAAGAGGAAGGCCUAUAACAAGACCAUGGAAAUAAUUGAAAAUAUCGCUUUCCCGGACUGGAUCAUGGACAAUAAACAGCUCGACGCAUACUAUCAGGACCUCAUAUUUGACCCUACUGACAAUUACUUUGAUAUGUACUCCAAGCUAAUAAUAUUCAACAUAAGACUACAGUACAAGCAGCUCACGUUCUUUCAAACCGAUCGUUCUGACUUCCUCGGUCAACCUGGAACUGUCAACGCCUGGUAUCAGCCUGAAUUGAACUCGAUAACAUUCCCAGCUGGUAUUCUUCAACCGCCAUAUUUUCACCCGCUAUGGCCAGCAUCCAUCAACUACGGUGGCAUGGGCAUCGUCGCAGGGCAUGAACUGACUCACGGUUUUGACGAUGAAGGCGUACAAUGGGGUCCAUCGGGUGCUUUAUCGACCUCAUCGUGCGCCAAUUGCACCGGAUGGAUGGAUGCAAAUUCUACAGCUGGUUUCAACUCAAUGGCUCAAUGCGUCAUUUCAGAGUAUGACAAGUUCUGCCCACCAAAUCUUAGCCAGUACUCUCCGAAUUGCGUGAAUGGCGUGCAAACGCAAGGAGAAAAUAUCGCAGAUAAUGGAGGCAUUCAUGCUGCUUUCCGUGCUUAUCGUACUCAUAUCGCCUUGGACGGUCCAGAUCCACUGCUUCCCGACCGGCUGUUUGGGCAAUUUACUCACGAUCAGCUAUUUUUCUUGAGUUUCGCUCAGGUAUGGUGCGAAAAGCCACGCUCCAACGACAAACUGUAUCAGCAACUGAUGGUUGAUCCGCACUCGCCUUCCAUGUACAGAGUAUUUGGAACAAUCCAGAACUAUCCUGCCUUCAAAGUCGCUUUCAACUGUCCUGCUAACUCGGCUUACACACCCUCAAGUCAUUGCAACGUUUGGGUUCCGAAUACGGAGCCGUAAAACAUGAGCAAAAACACCAUCACCACUUGUAAC